UUGAUUGUUUUAUUUUUAACAGGACGCUCCGCGCGCGUCUCACUCACACACAGGCCGGUGUCGCGCGCUGCUGCAGUGUGAAGGAGCUGCUGCUUCCGGUCUGGAUGAGUUUAUCAGCUGCGGACACCGAGUGUAAGAUCUUGUAAAGAUGGAGGGAGGUGUUAGCAUGCUAACGGGUUACUGAUGUCAGGAGCAGGCCUCUCUGUCGAAAGUCUCUCACCCGGUAGUCCUGCAAGCAGGAGGAUGAGCUCGUUAGUGCGCUCUCAGUCCCAGGUGUUGGGAGAGAUCCGGAAGGAGCUGUAUGAUGAUCAUGAGUUCCGGCAGGUUUCUCAUGUCUUCGUGACCCUGGGCGCCUCGGGGGAUCUUGCCAAGAAGAAGAUUUACCCAACACUUUGGUGGCUCUUUAAGGAUGGGCUCCUACCAGAGGAGACCUACUUUGUUGGGUUUGCACGUUCCCACCUCACCAUGGAUGACAUCCACGCUGCCACUUUACCGUACAUGAAGGUUAAAGACGUGGAUAACGGGCGUCUCUCAGCGUUUUUCCAAAGGAACUCUUACCUGGCCGGAAGUUAUACAGAGGGAGAGUCUUUCUCACAGCUGCAGUCCCACCUGAGCUCACUGCACCAUGGUACAGGUGCCAACUACAUCUUUUACCUGGCACUGCCUCCCACCGUCUACCACAACGUCACCACCAACAUUCGCCAGCACUGCAUGAGCAACAACGGUUGGAGCAGGCUGAUUGUGGAGAAACCGUUUGGUCGGGAUCUGCAGAGUUCUGAGGUGUUAUCCGCACACCUCUCUUCCCUCUUCACUGAGGAUCAGAUCUACCGCAUAGACCACUAUCUAGGCAAAGAGAUGGUGCAGAACCUCAUGGUACUCAGGUUUGGGAACCGAAUUUUCGGCCCUAUCUGGAAUAGGGACAGUGUGGCCUCCGUCGUUCUCACUUUUAAAGAACCCUUUGGAACUUACGGGAGAGGAGGAUACUUUGAUGACUUUGGUAUUAUCCGUGACGUCAUGCAAAAUCAUCUUCUCCAGAUGCUCACCUUGGUUGCCAUGGAGAAGCCUGCCUCCACCAACUCGGAUGAUGUGAGGGAUGAGAAGGUGAAGGUAUUGAAGUGCAUAGCACCAGUGGCUCUACGUGAUGUUGUGCUGGGACAGUAUGAGGGAAAACCUGAUGGGGAAGGGGAGGCUAAACUGGGUUACUUGGAUGACCCGACCGUUCCUAAAGGCUCUCACACAGCCACUUUCGCCACUGCAGUACUCUACAUCCAUAACGAACGCUGGGAAGGGGUUCCCUUCAUCCUGCGCUGUGGAAAGGCCUUGAAUGAACGCAAGGCUGAGGUGAGGUUGCAGUUCACUGAUGUUCCAGGUGACAUCUUUAAUUCACAGUGCCAGAGGAACGAGCUGGUGGUGCGCGUGCAGCCUGACGAGGCUAUUUACGCCAAAAUGAUGAGCAAAAAGCCUGGCGUGUACUUCAACCCCGAGGAGACGGAGCUGGACCUGACCUACCGUAGCAGAUAUAAGAACGUGAAGCUUCCUGAUGCCUAUGAGCGUCUAAUUCUGGAUGUGUUCAGCGGAAGUCAGAUGCAUUUUGUGCGCAGUGAUGAGCUCAGGGAAGCGUGGAGGAUCUUCACGCCACUCCUCCACCAGAUCGAAGCAGAAAGGACACAACCGAUCCCUUACACAUACGGAAGCCGUGGACCGAAAGAGGCAGAUGAGCUCAUGAAGACGGCAGGAUUCCGCUAUGGAGGAACGUACAAGUGGGUCAACCCUCAUCCUGUGCAACACUCCUAAUCACUGAUUAAGACUUAAAUCACCAAAAAGAAUUGAACCCUAAUUCAGGAGGUGAACCUGAAAGCUUUGAGAUUUUUUUCCCCCCUCUUCUGUGAAUGCUUUCUACAACAGAGAUCAUGUUUACAGCAACAAAUACUUUUUUUUUCCUCCAAAUCGUGAUGUAUUACACUCCUUCCUUCAUUUAGUGAUCAUGCUUUUCAUGAUUGUUUUAAUUUGUGAUGAAUGUAAUUUGCAAGCUCUUAUUUUCAUCUUUUUCCUUUCAAUCUUUGACCAAAUCGCAACAUAGGAAAUUUUUGUUACAUUAUUCCAUGCAAUGAGCUUUACCUUCCUUAUUUCCCCCCCAGAGAGCAACAGGAACAGCAUAAUGUAAGCAAGUGUUUAAGAAAUGGUGUUUGCUGUGGUGUGUAUUAGGUGAUAUGAGUUAAAAGCAAUAACACUUGUAUUUUAUAUAACCUAUGCAGUGUUAUGAGUUAGAACAGUUUCAAUGCAGUGUUUGUACAGUGUUACCAUGUUUUCAAAGUUUUGUUCCCCAUGUGUAUUUGACCCGUUCAGAUCAAUUCGGGGUGGUUCCCGAAAGCUAAGAAUGUUAGUUUAGUUUUCGUAGGUGUGGCUUAAUAAUAUGCCACAAUACAAUGAGUAUGAUGGAGUGCAAUAUAUUGAUCAGAUGCCAUUCUGUAGAAUUUUCCAACCUGCUUUAAAUCUUCAGGCCUAAUCUGAUCAGUGAGUCUUCAAGCUUGAGUGUGUUGAGACUGACCCUGCUGGUUGUGACUCUCGCUCUCAGGUACGUGCCCUAGCCAGGGGGAACGUUGUCACUCUGCUCGGAGGAUAAAACCAGCGGUCUGGUAUAAACUGGAAUGUAUUAAAAACAAGGUGGAAUGUGCUGCAGUCAUCUACUUGUAUGUUUUCUUGCACUUUUGAGUUGUCUUAAUAAAAACUAAGUUGAAACAUGACAAA